UUCCUUCAUCCUUGUUCUCUGGGACAAAGUGAGGCUGCAGCCAAGAGAGAGUCACAGGAAUCCUGGCACAGACAUGCUCCAAAAAAGUUCAACACAGCUGCCAGUGAGCAGGCUGUCACUGCAGAGAGAAGUAAGCCAGAGGUAGAGGGCAGAGAGGCUGGGUUGCAGACACAGCAGAGGAGCAGCGGCCCUGAGCAGAUUUUAUUUGGGUUUUUUUGGUGUUCAUAACCCUCUGUUUUAUGAAAAACCAUUAUAGGUGUGAGAAGCCAAGCUUUGGAAAGGACAUUGUGACAAAGCUUCAUGUAGCAGCUUGGAUUUUCUAUUCACCAGUUGGAGUAAAAGAAUUGAGCAGCAAAGUUGCUAACCAGGUGUUGAGGCUGCAAAGGGAUAAUGGACACUCAGCUUACUCACCGCUCAGGAAAACAUGGAAACUUAAAGGACGAUGCCAAAGAAGGGCACUUGACUGAAAAUGUAACACCAGUGAAGCCCUCCAAGGAGCUGAGGCCAAUGUUGGGCACCAUCUUGCUGGGCCUCAUCCUGUUCAUUGCUGCUGUGGUGGCCUGGUGCUACUACACGGUGUCCCUGAGGAAGGCAGAGCGGCUCAAAACGGAGCUGAUGGACCUGCGGGCGGACGGCUUCAUCAUCCGCAACCAGCACGGGGAGGUGGUGUUCCGGCUGGCCUUCCGCUCGGGCAACCUGGACCUGGAGUCGUGCUCCAAGGAGGGCGAGAUCCUGAGCUGCUCGCGCUCGAGCCAGGGGCCGCUCAACUUCUUCAUCCAGACGGUGAAGCCCAAGGACACGGUGAUGUGCUACCGUGUGCGCUGGGAGGAGCUGGCGGCCGGCCCGGCCGUGGAGCACACCAUGUUCUGGGAGGACGCCCACUGGUACGGGGGCUCAGAGAUGAGCAUCCAGCACUGGCCCAUCCGCCUGGCCGGCUACCAGGAGCCCGUGCCCUACGUGACCAGUGACGUCUACUCCUUCCGCGACAGCUUUGGCGGCAUCCUCGAGCGCUACUGGCUCUCCUCCAAGGCGGCGGCCAUCAAGAUCAACGACUCCGUGCCCUUCCACUUGGGCUUCAAUGCCACCGAGCGUGCUCUCUUCUUCCAGGCCCGCUACAAGGACUCGCCCUACAAGCCCCCGCCAGGCCAGCAGCCCUUCCCCGAGCUCAGCUACCGUGUCUGCGUGGGUUCCGACAUCACCUCCAUCCACAAGUACAUGGUGCGCAGAUACUUCAACAAGCCCUCCAAGAUCCCUGCUGAGAACGCCUUCCGAUACCCCAUAUGGUCCACCUGGGCCCUCUACAAGAAUGAUAUCGACCAAGAUAAACUCCUGCGGUUUGCUGAAAAGAUCAAGAAAUACCAUUUUAACUGCAGCCACAUUGAGAUUGAUGACAUGUACACCCAAGCCUAUGGGGACUUUGACUUUGACCCUGUCAAGUUCCCCAAUGUAACAGAGAUGUUUGCAAAGCUGAGGGAAGAUGGGUUUAAGGUCACUCUGUGGACUCACCCUUUCAUAAACUACAAUUCCUCCAAUUUUGGUGUGGGGAUUGAGCGUCAGCUGUUCAUCAAGGAGCCGUCAGGGCGGCUGCCAGCCAUGGUGGAGUGGUGGAACGGCAUCGGGGCCAUCCUGGACUUCACCAACCCAGCAGCCCGUGACUGGUUCCAGAGCCACCUGCGCCAGCUCCGGCACAAGUAUGGCAUCUCCUCCUUUAAGUUUGACGCGGGCGAGACCAGCUACCUGCCCAAGCAGUUCAGCACCUUCCGCCCGCUGUCGGACCCCAGCAUCUGGUCCCGGCGCUACACGGAGAUGGCCAUCCCCUUCUACGAGCUGGCCGAGGUGCGGGUGGGCUACCAGUCACAGAACAUCUCCUGCUUCUUCCGCAUCAUUGACCGUGACUCUGUCUGGGGCUACGAGCUUGGCCUCAAGUCCCUCAUCCCCACUGUCCUCACCAUCAGCAUGCUGGGGUACCCAUUUGUACUGCCAGAUAUGAUUGGAGGAAACUUCCUCCCCAACAAGACGGAGGGGGCGGUGGAGAUCCCCAACCGGGAGCUGUACGUGCGCUGGCUGGAGCUGUCAGCCUUCAUGCCCUCCAUGCAGUUCUCCAUCCCACCCUGGCUCUACGACAAGGAGGUGGUGGAGAUCGCGCAGAAGUUCACGCAGCUCCACGAGUCCCUGGUGGCUCCGCUGCUGCUGGAGCUGGCAGGGGAGGCGACCGACACGGGCGACCCCAUCAUCCGUCCCAUCUGGUGGAUCUCGCCCCGCGACGAAGCCACUCACCGGAUCGACUCCCAGUUCCUCAUUGGGGACACCCUGAUGGUGGCUCCUGUGCUGGAGAUGGGCAAGCAGGAGCGGGAUGUCUACCUGCCAGCGGGCAAGUGGCGCAGCUACAAGGGAGAGCUGUUUGAGAAGACCCCGGUGCUGCUCACCGACUACCCUGUUGACCUGGAUGAAGUUGCCUAUUUCCUCUGGGUUUCCUAACAGGGUCCUCUUCAGCUGUGCAAUGGACUCAGUGAUUAGUGGCUUUAAUGACCUGGGAAUUCUAAUAGUUUUUAAUGUAGCAAUAUUUGAGUUUGAAGUUUGAAGGAGACACUGAGACCUCUGUUCUGUGUGGCAAUUGUUCUACAAUAACUUAUUAAAAUGUAUUGGAUGGGUGUUCUUUGUUACUGCAUUGUGAUAAAUGUAGUGUACAGAAA